AUGGAUCCAGAAAUCGAACGAAAAGCCAAAGAAGCUGCUGAACUUCCAAACGCUGACAUAAAAAUCAUCCUCUUAGGCGACUCUGCAGUCGGCAAGAGCAAACUUGUAGAAAGGUUCCUCAUCGAUGACUAUGAGGAACGUCAACUUUCCACAUUUGCCCUUACAAUGUUUCGAUAUAACACUGUACUGGACGGAGAUCCUCUCAAAGUCGACAUAUGGGACACAGCCGGCCAGGACUGUUUCAAUAGGCUGCACUCUUCUUAUUACUUCGGCGCACAUGCCUGCAUUCUUGUAUUUGAUGUUACACGCAAGAUUACUUAUGACCAUUUAAAAGUUUGGUACAAAGAAAUGAGAACAUUUUGCCCUAAUAUUCCCUGCAUUCUAUUAGCUAACAAAAUUGACGUGGAUUUAGAAGUGACGAAAAGGAAUUUCAAGUUCGCAGAAACACAUGGACUGGAAUUUUUCUUUGUCUCAGCAGCAGAUGGGACCAAUGUAGUUAGGAUUUUUGAAACUUGCUGUAGGAAAGCGCUGGAGUAUAAGAGAAACCCGCCUAGGACGUUUGAGCAAGAUGUUUUAGAGUUGUUGGAUGAUGACUCAUGGCUUCAAUAA